CUUCUCUAUCUCUCUCGUAUAAAUAAUCUCUUCUUGAGAAGGCAAAAUGUACAAGACAAAGCUUCAACAGUUGUUUCAACAGAAUCAAUGGCAAGAACCAGUGUAUUCGAUUUCAAAGGAAGGUCCAGGUCACAAUCUACGUUUCUUUGCCACUGUUACCGCUAACGGUGAAUGUUUUCAGUCCAAUCCUUGCCGAACUUCUAGAGGAGCUCAGAAUAGCGCCGCUGAGGUUGCUUUAGGUCAUUUCUUCAGCUCCAAUCCGUUGCAAGAUUUGCAGAAUGAAAAUGCUCCAGUUUCUGAUCCUUUGCUUUCUGUUCUUCCUGCCUCACAUAAUGUUGGAUUGGAAGGGAAAUUGACUUCACAAUCGCACACGAUAAGUCAGUCACAGCUUCGUCUUACCUGUGUAGAAGUAAACGACCAUGAGAACUCUCUCGUUCUUCCCGCCUUACAUAAUGAUGGAUUGGAAGCGAAUUUGACUUUACAAUCACACAGCAUAAACGAGUCGCAGCGUCCUCUUGCCCAUUUAGAGUUAACCGAUCAUAAGAAUUCUCUUGAUGGAGGACAAUGGUAUAAAAAUCGGUUACAAAAUUAUUUACAAAAGAGAAAUCUUAGGUUUCCAGAGUAUUCAUUUGAGAGCCAAGGUCCUCCACAUGCUUCUUACUUCAAGUGUAAGGUUACUGUGUGUGGACAGAGUUAUCAGAGUAAUGAAUUUUUCCUCAGCAUGAGAGAUGCUGAGAAUGCUGCAGCAAAAAUCGCCUAUGAACAAAUUUCAGUCAAUGAAGAUCAGAAGGGUGAUUUUGGUCUUUAUAAAAAUGCCUUGCAAGAAUUGGCUCACAAAAGAGGCUUCUUGAGUCCAAGUUAUAAGACUGAAAGCUGUGGUCCAGGUCACUCGCUUACUUUUCUUUCAACCGUGAUAGUAGAUGACAAAAUUUACCUAGGGAUAGCUGCGAAGAGCAAAAAGCAGGCAGAGGUCAACGCAGCCAAGUCAGCAUAUGAUUCACUUCAAGGUAUCAAUUUGGGAACACAUCUCGAAGAUCCUUGUGUAUCUAACGAGAUCAAAGAGGUGGUUAUGUUUGAUUCAACUACCAAAAAUGUUUUGAAUGGCUCUAUUAAUGCUUCCCCCAUGCUUGAACAAGAAGAUAUUAGAGACGGCAAAAGACCAAGGAGCUUUAUGUCAUGUUAAAAUGUGCUGCAUCUGGAGAAGACGCGACGGUUAACCUUUACGGGUGGGUUCUUUUUAAAUGAAAUAUACUUUUUGUAAUCUAAAGUUACUAACAUAAAAAUAGAGUGUGUUCUAUUGUAGUAGAUGUAUUCAAGUGGAUCUUAACAAUUUCGAAAACCUUGAUAUGGAGCAUUGAACUUUUAGUAGAUCAUCCUUCCAUGUAGUGAUUGUGAGUAUGUGUUAUUGAACUUAAUUCAUGGCAACACUUGUUGGAAUUUGUGUUGAACUGAUUUGAUUUUUGUGUAGUUUAUGUAACAUUUACAUUUGUCUUGGUUUAAAAGAAGAAGAUGAUAAUAGUUGGUCUGUU